AUGGAUUUCAAUCUCUCAAAUUGUAAUUUGCUAUAAAAAAAUCAACCAAAUCAUUAAUCGUCUCCUAAGAAGUUAAGCAAUUCUGAAGUUAAUGCAGCAAUUUAGAAAUACUUUUAGAUUGUUAAGAGAAAGGAAGGUAAGAAUCCUAAUCCAAUAAUUUCUAAUGCUCAAUCAUCCAAGAUUUUAGGAUAAUUGGUAACAAAGGUAUCCCCUUCUUUAGACAUCCAUGUUCCAAUUAAGCCUCCAACUCCAUUAGGUACUUAAUCUUCUAGACCAUCAUCUGAGAAGAAAGUUUAUCAUCGUCCUCAGUAAUCAAUGGGACAAAGCAAGGAUUUGAACUAACAUAAACUUCUAACCACAUUAUUUCAGAAGCCUAAGACUCAAUCUCAAUAAGUAACACCUAAGUGUAGUGGUAAGGGAAGUGUUAGUGUCAACAAGUAUUUUGAGAGCACAAAAAAAUUAUAAGGUGAAUUUCAACAAUACUACUUAACAAGAGUAAAAAAUGCUUUUUCAAAGCCUUUGAGGGAUGAUUAUUUUAGUCGAAUGUACAGGGAACACUUUUUAUAAACUUAUCAAGGGAUAUAUAUUACAUAAUACUUACAACCAGUUGAUCCAAAUGAUCUGUAAAAUAAGCAAGUACAUCUAAAAUAGAAGGAAUGUUACAUAAGUAUUUUAAAUUCUAAAUUAUUUCUAGAUAAGAUCACUAUUGUAUUUGAUUUAGAUGAGACAUUAGUCCAUUGCAAUGAAAGUAUAGCAAUGCCAAGUGAUAUCAUAUUAUCAAUUGAAGUGUCUCCAUAAGAAAAAGUCAAAGCAGGCAUAAAUAUUAGACCUGGUGCUGUCAAACUAUUAGAAUUACUUGUGAAUGAUUUUGAAUUGAUAGUAUUUACAGCUUCUCAUCCUUGUUAUGCUUAGAAAGUGAUUGAAUAUCUAGAUCCCUAGAAGAGACUUUUUUCUCAUAGUCUUUACAGAGAUAAUUGUAUAAUGACUACAGGAGGGAUGUAUACCAAGGAUCUUAGAAUUAUUGAUCGAUCUCUAAGUCAAUUAGUCUUAGUGGACAAUGCUUCUUAUUCAUUUGCUUGGUAAUUAGAUAAUGGGAUACCCAUAAUUCCUUUUUAUGAUAAUAAAGAGGAUAGGGAAUUGGAGUCAUUACUAAAAUACUUAAAAGGAAUGUAGGGUUGUAAAGAUGUUAGGGAAUAUAAUAGGUAAGAUAUCACCAAAAAUAUUAUAGAAAUCAUUUAAAAUUUUAGUUUUUCCAAGAUCCAUCAGGGCCAAGUCUUGUGUUUGAGAAAUUGUUUGAUUAGAAGAUGGAAAUCUAAUGA